CAUAAAAGCAACGUCCCCCACGACCAUUUGUAACAGUCGUCUCAUUUAUCUGCUUCAUCGAUUCACCUGUCAUUGUAAUAUUCCGAAAAAAUGAAGAUAUUUUUAACACUAGCAGCAAUGCUGCACGUUUCACAAGGUGGUCACGUAUCAGUUAGACUACCCUAUCAAAGUCCCGCAGGAGUGACCUAUCUCAAUGGUUAUUAUCAGGGUCAUGAAUUUCCUUCAAGUUACAGUGAUAGUAUUUCAGCUGAAUCACCAUCAUCGUAUUCAACAUCUGGACAAUAUGAGUAUCAGGGAGGUGUUCAAUAUCAACAAGAUUUUAACUAUCAACAACCUCUUCAAUAUCAACAAGGAUUUCAGUAUCAAAGUUACGCUGCCGCUGCACCAGUAUAUCAAGGUAAAAUUGAAACUCAUCAUGUGGGUUAUGCUGCUGCACAAGUACCCGCAAUUGCUUCUGUACCUUAUGUUAAACACGUGCCAACUAUAUCACAUGUACCAGUAACUCGUUAUGAAGCACAACCUGCUGUUAUUGAAAAACAAGUUGAUGUUGCUAAACCCGCAUUGUCAACAACAAAAUUUGAAGUCAGACGACCAGCAAUUCAAAAGCAAUUUUAUGAUAUUGAAGAACGUGUUAUUAUUCGUCCAGCUGGUUCUGCAGUUGUUGAACUUGAUGAGCCAACAUCAAAACUUCAACGUGGACCAGCUGUUGUUAAAGCAAUUGAAGAUAAUGAUUUUGGAACAAAUCCACAUAAAAUAAUUGCACAAACAUCGACAUUUGGAAAUGGACCUUCAUCAUUAGCUUCAGUUCCUUUUAUUGCUCAUGCACCAGUUCAUGUUACAAUUGCUCCUGUUAUAUCUCAUGAGCAUGUAUCUCAUACUCAAUCAUCACCAUCAACUCCACCACCAGCAGUUAAUGCUGAUUCUUCUGAAUCACAACAAACAGAAAAUCAAUCAUCAUCAUCAGCAUCAUCAGAUGAAGAUGUUGUUGUUGAUAAUGCAGAUUUUAAAAGCUCACAAUUUCGAGGAAAUUCACUUGGAUCAUUUGCACAGAGUGAAAAUUCUGUAUUAACAAACCAAGAAAUUCAACAACAACAACAGCAACAACAACAAUUUAUUCAACAAACAUCUCAAGUGGCAAACUCUAGACAGGCUCCAUCAUCACCAUCACCAACACCAAGUGUUAUUGCACGUUCAAAUGGAGAUAAUAUUAAUUCACCAUCACCAAAAUUUGCUGCUCAUGAUUAUAAUCCCACUUCAAACUCUCAAGUUAUUCAAAGUGUAAGAAAUAGUCCUGAAGAGAACCAAGCUAACCAGCAAAAACUCAUUGAAUUUUUAACUGCUCGUGGUGCAGUAGCCGAGGUUGGUUUUGGACGUGACGGUGAGGUGAGCUCGCAAGUAAGUGAAGCUGGUCACGUUCGUGCACGUGUUAUUUCAGCAACACCAGCACCAGAAAAUUCAGAAGCUGCUGGUGAACGUGUAUCAACUCGUCGAGUUGUUGUAAGCAGACCAAUUGAAACAUUAGAACAAGUUGAUGUUGUUGAGCCAGCAACAAAAUACGAAAGAGUAUCAGUACAUCAACCAACAUUUAUCAAAACUGCACGUCUUGAUCAUGUACAAGUUCAUGGAUCAAUUCCAGUUGUUGGAAAAGCAUAUACAUCAACAGUUGCACAUGCUGCUGUACCAAUUUAUCAAAAAACAAUAACACCAGCUUAUUCAUAUUAAUUUAUAAACAUUUUUUUCUAAAUUUUCUUUUUUGCUAUUUUUCUUUAUAUUAAUUACAUAAUCUUGUGAACUCGAGAUUUAAUGCCAUAUUUGUAUUUAAUAAAUUGCUCAAGCUAUGAAAUUUUUAUUCCAGUAAAUAUAUAUAUUGCCAUUUUAUUUAAAAAAAAAACAACACAACUCUUUCGACAGUCACAAAAGACAUGUCACUCUGUCAAAUUCACACAUUAAAUUUUAUUAUACUUGAAAAAAAGUCUACGAAAAAAAAUACUGAACCAGUUUUUUUUUUAAAUGUUAUUUUAACAAACACAAGGUGAAAUGACAACAAGGUCAAUAUAAUUGAAUUGAAUUUACCUACCUCUCUCUUGAAAUGUAAAAUCAAAUCAUGAAAAAAAUAAAAUGAAAAAAUCUAC